UUCGAUGUGCCGGCUUUAAAUGAAGUAAAAGAAACGGAUCAAAAAGUUUUGGAUAAUUCUAAACUAACCGUGAAUGACUGUAUGCUAAUAACAAUGUUACAUUUAAAUGCAAUUAAGCAGCUUAUAGAUAAUGAAUUUGAUUUUGACCUGAAGGAUAACCAAUCUGAAAGUAGUAGCUCGAGUGCUCCAACAAAUAUUUCAAGAAAAUCUCAAUUAAUGUCUAGGCUUGUAAAUAUGAAUAAAAACAAAUUAUUUCCUUUAACAAAAUCAAGGAUGCGAAAAGUUCUUGGAGAUUUUUUGUUGGAAGACUUGGAAAUAAACCAUCCUGUUUUGUUUAAGAUUGGUCUGUUAAAUUAUAAUAAUUUUAAGGCUAAACUGGGCUAUUUUACCUUUAGCUAA